AUGCCCAUAUGGACGGUUUCUUGCGUGCGAGGUCCGAAGCAGAUUCAUGACAAGAAAUUGAAUUUUCCCACUGACAUAAGCUUCUGCGUCAUAAAUAAGAAGAACAAGUACAAAAUUAUUCAUGCUCACCUCGUAAAAGCGCUUAAGGGCAGUAUGACAAUGACAUUCUUUCGACUACAGUAUGUACAGAAGUAA